AUGGAUUUUCGCCCUGAUAAUCGCCGAUUAGCUAUUUGGAUUGGAAUUGUUGGCGCUGAGAUUAGAUACCGAGUUCUUCUCGUAGAGGUGAGUGUUAUAUUGAACAAUUUGCUUUAUACAACGCCCCAUCUGAUAUCCAUAGACAACACCGAGAACAUGUCGUCACUCACAAAGCUCAUGAACGAGCAGAAAAAGGCGUCUGUGUCUUAUGAUAACACGAUCCAUUCAUAUAAUGGGACCAUUACUACUGCAGUAUCUGUUGAAACUUCGCCAGAUGACGAAGACGAAGCAUAUGAUCCACGAAAUGGCUCCAAAUCUCCAUCUACGGCAUCGAGGCUUCUUCCUAGGUCUCUGAAGAAGAAAUCGGCAUUGCCUCCCUCCACCAUACGGUUGAAUACUGGGUUGGAUGUUGUUGAUGCGCCGCCAUCUGUUAGAAAUGAUGAAAUUUUAGCUAUUGAUAAUGAUACUUCACUGUUAGCACCGGGCACUGAUUUGACUAUGACAGGUGUAGGGACUGACAGAACAGAAUACACAAGCUCCUCUGCCAUCCCCGUUCAGCAUUCUAGGGCGCCAUCGGUGGUAUCGAAGAACCCGUCCUUCAAGAACUCCCUUUCGAGUUCCUUCUCUCAGUUAUCGAUCAAUAUCCCGUAUAGUGCACCAGGUAAUCACAAACCAUCACAAUCACUCUCGUCAUCCAACAUGAGCUCGUCAUUUACUAAUAUGCCUAUAAAUGGCCAAUUUAUCACGGGUAAUUCAUUGGCAUCUCCUACAGUCAGUUCUAGUCAAAUUGAUUCUAGAUUCAUUGUUUCCAAACAGAAAAUCGAAGCUAGGACUCUCUCUGCAUCCCAUAACAACAAAUCAUCAUCCACGCUAUCCAGCUUUUUUUCUAAAUCUAGAAGAUCAACAGCAACUAAUUUUGAUGGGGUGUCGGCAUCUCCUGGUAAAGCUGGAAUGUCGACGACAUACCACCCAUCAAGUACAUCGCAUUUCCCAUCACAGCAGAACCCCGAGGGCGUGCCACCACCCCAAUCAAGCUUUGAUAGCAACUCUAGCUCAACUAGGCACUCAUCAAUGGCAGACUUGAGAAGAUUCUUCAAGAGAUCGUCCUCAAUAAAUCAAAGUAGCGUGUCAUCCUCACCUAGAGUCUCAAACUUGAGUGCAGGGCUAACUUCCCAACGAAAAGGUUCAGUAUCAAUCAAUGUCCAAGGAAAUGCACCAUCAAAUAACAACGGACUUUCAGUGAAUUCACCUUCUGCACACAAUUCUUCUUUGUCGAUGGCAAAUUCUAAUUUUCCUCCGCCUUUAUCGUCAUCGUCAUCCUCAACACAUUUAUUCAAUGCCUCAAACACAUACUCUCCCAUCCAAGCUCCUCCCAAUGCUAUUACCAUCAACAAUGGAACACCAAACUCACAUCUAUCUCAAACUCCAAAUUCCUUGUAUGGGAAGUCUCCAGGUUCAGGCCUAGUUUAUGGAAGCGGGUCACCGGAAGUUACCCGUCAUUAUGACCCUUCACCAAAAGUUAACAGCCUUUCUACAUCUGCCUCCUCCACUUCUACCAUCAACAACAUUUCAAUUGGUGGUAAUACCACGUCUAUACCGUUCAGUAAGAGAUAUGUCAAAUUUGGCGAAAACCUAGGUGCUGGUGCUGGUGGUCAAGUCAAAUUGCUUAGAAGGCUCGCUGAUAACAAGGUUUUCGCCGUCAAGGAAUUCAGAGCAAAGUUCACUACAGAGAGUAAAAGAGACUAUACUAAGAAAAUUACCAGUGAAUAUUGCAUUGGUUCAACUUUGAAGCAUCCCAAUGUAAUUGAGACAAUUGAAAUAUCCUUUGAAAAUGACAGAUUGGUUCAAGUCAUGGAGUAUUGUGACUAUGAUUUAUUUGCGAUUGUUAUGUCCAAUAAAAUGACGGAGAAUGAAAUCAACUGUUGUUUCAAGCAGAUCUUGAAUGGGUUAAGGUACAUCCAUUCUAUAGGUUUGGCACAUCGAGAUUUGAAACUAGACAAUUGUGUGAUCAACAAGGAUGGUAUUGUUAAAAUCAUUGAUUUUGGUUCGGCAGUUGUUUAUCAGUAUCCAUUUUCAAACAAGUUGAUUGAAGCCACAGGAAUCGUUGGUUCUGAUCCAUAUUUAGCGCCAGAAGUGUGCGUCUUCAACACAUAUGAUCCAAGGCCUGUUGAUAUUUGGUCAACUGCCAUUAUGUAUUGUUGCAUGGUGCUGAAGAAAUUCCCAUGGAAAAUCCCUAAAUUGAGUGAUCCUAGUUUCAAGGCUUUUGCUUCGAGAGAACCGGGAGUUACUUUUGGUGAGUUGUUGAAACGAUUACCCGAUUCUCUUGAACCAUCUCCAAUUUCGUCUAUUCCCGAAGGUACAGAAAUCGAAGGACAUACCGCUUCUGAUAAAGAUACCAAUGAAGCUGCAGGAGAACCGAUACAUACUUCAGAUUUGAUUGGCGAGGAUAGACUACUGAAGGCAUUGAAACCUGCCCCACGCAAGUUGAUUGGUAAGAUGGUCAGGUUGGCACCAGCAUGUAGGAUUUCAAUUGAUGAGAUCUUUGAAACCCCAUGGAUCAAAUCGCUAGAAAUGUGUUCUGUUGUCAACGAAAAUGGCGAGCCUGCCAAUAACGGGAAGCUUGUUCCCGGUUCCGAUCAUACACAUACGCAAGUUGACCAAAGUGUUGCUCAUAUUGCUUGUUUUGAAAGGGCCAAAAAGAAGCAAGCUGCAAAAAAGUGA